AUGAAGCUCCUCGAGUGCCCCCCGCUCCAGCGCGUGGCGUCCUUCCUCGAGCACGUCGACGUCGGGGAGUACGUCGUCAAGGGCAACCUCGAGCUCUACAGCUGCAAGCUCGCCGGCCUCGACAAGAAGCUCAGCCACUCGCUCGAGCAGGAGUUCCAAAUGGAGUACGCGUCGUCGCCCGACUUCCUGACCAUGUCCUCGCCCGUCGGGCCCAUGUCGGACGCCCAGAACCGGCGGACGCUCGCGUACCUCAUCCUCGUGCUCAAUCAGAUGUACGCCGACUACGACUUCAGCCAGCUGCGGGCGCACCACUUCCGGAAACAGCCCGGAGUCGACGAGGCCGAGGAGUUGGCAGAGGAGCGCCUCAUGGAGGUCGCCGAGGCGUGGAACUGCACGCCGGGGUGCGGGGAGGAGGACUUUCGCUCGAGCUUGUGGUCGGCGGUCGCCGAGGCCAUCGACCUGACCGACUGCGAGGUGUACAGCUACCAGAGCGACCUCGAGUCCGACCCGUUCGGCGAGGACGGGAGUCUGUGGAGCUUCAACUUCUUCUUCUACACACGGCGACAAAAACGCAUCCUCUACUUCAGCUGCCGCGGAUGCGCCAAGGGCCGGGACAACAGCGACGACUCGACGCCCGACCACGGGGCGUACGACAGCGAGAGCGAGGGGCCCACCCAAAUGAGCCAGUUCGACAUUGAGAUUUAG